GCCGUGCCUGGCAUGCAUUUCCGUCGUAUCUGAAGCCGAACGAGGUUAUAUUUGACAUCGCGGAACUCACAGUCGCAAAUAUGGCAAAAUUCGAUUUAACAUCCCGCAUAGGGCAAUACCUCGAUCGGCAUUUGGUAUUUCCACUGUUGGAAUUCUUAUCUGCGAAAGAGAUUUACAAUGAAACUGAGCUGUUGCAAGCCAAACUGGAUAUUCUUAACAAAACUAACAUGGUGGAUUACGCUGUAGACAUUCGAAAGCAACUGUAUCCUGAUUUGGAAGUGACGGAGGAACUGAAAACACGGCGUGCUGAAGUUGUUCAGGAACUCCGUGGAUUAGACAGCAAUGUUUCGGUGGUCGUUGCGCUGAUGAAUAAUGAGGAAGUGAUGAAAAAUAUGGAGAAGAUGAGGGACCCUAAAGCACUUAACAAUUACCUUACACAAGAGUUUAAUUUUAAGAUAGAGAUGAUGGAUAACUUUGUCAAGCUGGCAAAGUAUCGGUAUGAGUGCGGCAAUUAUUCAGUGGCUACCUCAUAUUUAUAUUUCUACAUGCUUAUAAUGCCACCCACAGAUAAGAAUUACUUAAAUGUUCUUUGGGGUAAAUUAGCCUCAGAAAUUCUUGUCCAAAACUGGGAGACAGCAUUAGAAGAUGUGAAUAAACUGCGGGAAUAUAUCGACAGUAACGUUAUUAAUAAUUCGUUACAAGUAUUACAACAACGCACUUGGCUUAUCCAUUGGAGCUUGUUUGUUUUCUUCAAUCAUGUGAAAGGCAGAGAUCUCAUUAUUGAGAUGUUUUUGUAUCGGCCACAUUAUUUAAAUGCGAUUCAAACAAUGUGUCCUCAUAUUCUCCGUUAUUUGGCCACAGCUGUUAUUGUGAAUCGUUCAAGACGAUCCACAUUAAAGGAUCUCGUCAAAGUUAUUCAACAGGAAUCAUACACAUACCGUGACCCAAUUACUGAAUUCCUGGAACACUUGUAUGUGAAUUUUGACUUUGAUGGUGCACGUCAGAAAUUACAGGAAUGCCAGACAGUUGUCUUUAAUGACUUCUUUUUGAUCGCCCUUUUAAAUGAAUUUGUGGAGAAUGCCAGAUUGAUGAUAUUUGAAACCUUUUGUAGAAUUCAUCAGUGCAUUAGCAUUGGAAUGCUUGCGGAAAAGCUAAAUAUGAAAGCUCACGUUGCUGAAUGCUGGAUUGUAAAUUUAAUACGUAACGCAAGGCUGGAUGCUAAGAUUGACAGUAAAUUGGGACAUGUGGUCAUGGGUGGGCAACCCGCGUCUCCUUAUCAGCAGCUCGUUGAAAAAAUCGAAACACUAAGUGUACGAAGCGAAGCAUUAGAAAAUCUAAUCGAAAGGAAGCUGAAAGCUAAAAACCAAGAUACGAGUAGUAUAGUUUGGAACUAAUUUAAAACGGAUACGAAAUCGUGUAAAGUGCGUCACUCAGAAACGAACAUUUGAAUAUAUUACUUAUACAAGCCAGUGUCAAAGUUUCUUUCACAGUGUGAACAAACAUCGUUAAUACGUAAUAUAUUGUCAUAUAAUGGAAAACCAGGUAAUAGAUGAAGGUACUUCAAAUAAA